AUGGUGAAGUACCGCGUUGUAACUUCACACAAACUUGCGGUGAGGACGAUUUGGAAGGUUAUCAUGAAAUUGCAAAUCCUAUUAUACGGGCGAAUCGAUGAGAGCUUCACUACUGGAGAUACUAUUGUUGUUGAUGUUAUUGAUAACUGGCCAGCUGAAGAUUUUGGUGGGAAAAAGUCGCUUUAUAUUACUACUACGAAUUGGCAGGGAGGCAAUAACAUGGUUGUUGGCGGCUUUCUGUUGAUUCGUCAAGUGCGUGCGUGCAAAACUCAAUCGGAGGAAAAAGCGGUGGUGGCGAGGGAAUGCGCUGUGAUAAGGCAGUCGUUUAAGGAUGGUGAUCCGGAUCAUCGCAGCCGCAACGUCGCGAAGUUGGUGUAUAUACAUAUGUUGGGAUAUCCAACGCACUUCGGGCAGAUGGACUGUUUGAAGUUGAUCGCAUCAGCAAAAUACGCGGAGAAAAGAGUUGGGUAUCUUGGACUCACACAGUUGUUGGAUGAGAAUUCAGAGUUGUUGAUGUUGGUGACAAACAGCAUCAAAAACGAUCUCAAUUCUAAGAAUCAGUACGUCACUGGGUUGGCCCUUUGCGCGCUCGCUAACAUUGGUUCGACGGAGAUGUGUAUGUCGUUGAGUAGAGAGGUAGGGAGGAGGAGGAGUUGCGGAAAUCCUUAUGUGCAGAAAAAAGCUGUAUUGUGCGCGUUACGGAUUGUUAGAAAGGUGAGAGCACACGCAGGAUCGUCGGGAAGUCACGGCGUGUUGUUGAGCGCGUUAAGUUUGAUUGAUUAUCUGCUAAAAACCAAUCCGGAAGUUUAUCGUCAAGAGCUCGCAUACGUUCAACCUACUUUGGUGAAGUUGCUGAGGUCGCUCACUAUCAGCGGUUAUGGCAAUUCGCAGGAGUACGAUGCUGGUGGAAUUACUGAUCCGUUUUUGCAGGUGAAGAUCCUUCGUACGCUGCGUUUGUUGACGAAUUUGAACCAACCACUACCGGAAGAUGUGAGUGAUGUUUUAGCGCAAGUAGCGACAAAUACAGAAGCUGUGAAGAAUGCGGGCAAUGCCGUGCUAUACGAGUGUGUGCGUACGAUAGUGUACGUUGGACCGGUGGCGGAUCCUUCUUUGAGGGUCCUUGGUAUUAACAUUUUGGGAAGAUUUCUCACGCAUAAGGAUAAUAACGUGAAAUACGUCGCUUUGGAAGCUCUGAAGGGUUUGGUAUCAGUUGAUAUUGGCGCGGUCCAGGAACACCGGUCGGUCAUUUUGAGCUGUCUCACCGACCCGGAUAUCAGCUUACGAAGAAGGGCUUUGGAUGUGGCUUAUAGUCUUAUUAAUGAGGAUAAUGUGAAGCAAAUGACGAAUGAGUUUUUGAACUAUCUCAUUGUUACCGACGCUGAUUUCCGGGCUGACCUCGUAUCUUGUAUAUGCAAUAUGGCGAGGAAAUAUGCCCCCAGUAGGAGGUGGCAAAUUGAUACUCUUAUCAAGGUUAUGUUGCUGGCGGGCUCGUCAGUUCCUGGCUCGGUAUUGUCGUUGGUUUGUACUGCUAUCGCAUCGAGUCCACCACUGCAUAACUACGCCGUCCACAAGUUGUAUUUCGCGAUGUUGGUGGAGGCAGCCUUGUGGGCAAUUGGAGAGUAUGGCGAUCUGUUGGUUGAUGCGAAGGGUGUGAUGGGAGCUGAUGGGAAGGAAAUUGAUAUUACUAAUGAGGAUGUUAUUGAUCUUAUCGAAUUUGUAAGGAUUUUCAGGAUCUACGAGCGUCUGGGUAGUUGA